AUGGAAGGUCCAUCCGAACCUACAAACACUCCCAAGAAGCAAAAGUCAGAUGUUUGGAAUGAGGAGAAACAACCAAUUCUCAAUGAAGAGGAGGAGCAAGUUCACAACGAAGAGGCUACAUCUAAUCCUGAAGUAACCCCUACUUACAAUGAUUUCUUUCCAUCUCCUCCUCGUUCACUUGAACACACCACAACACCAAUUACCAUUGCACAAUGCCCUCCACCUGUUUCUUCUCAACUUCAAAGCACCAUUCCCUUAUAUAUUCCUUUUUUCACUGAUUCCACUGUUCCACCCACAACAUCUGGAGAACCUGUUGUUUCAGUCAACGCAUCUGAUGUGGGGGCUAGAACAUCAGGCUUUACAUCGUCUCAUAUCUCUCCACCUAUUUCCCCGAUGCACCGAGAUGAUCCUGAUAUGAUCUAUGGGGAUGAUGAAGAUGAUUUAGCAGGGUUCACCUUCAGUCUAUUCAUUAUUCAGACUGCUAGUGAUGAUGUAGCUUAUGUUACAAAGGGGAAACUCAAAGCCAUCCAUGAAAAGCUUGACUCUUUGCUUCAGGCUUCAAAACCUUCUUCCUCUCAUGAUUACUCUCAAGCCUCAAUAAUGUCCAUUAUUGAAACCCUCACUAAGGAGUAUUCAUCUAAUCUUGAGAAGAUGAACAAGGCUGUGGAUGCCUCUACCUUAGUCUACAACAAAACGACCGAAAAAGUCAAUAAACUAAUUUCUGAUGCCAUUUGUUUUAUGAACAACUUCUCGUCUUCUUUUGAAACCAAUACAACGAGAGCUAAUGAAGUGCUUGCAAAUCUUGGCUCGUCUCUUCAGGCUAAACGAGCAAAACUACAAGAAUUCAGAACAAUUAUAGUUCGGAAACAUCUUGCUGAAAAACAGAGACCAGUGUUCGCUAUGUUACAUCGCUUGGAGGGUUUUCGAAACCUUCCAAAAAUCAAGGGGGAGAUCAACUGA